UCUUCAAAAUUCUUCUUGUAGAAGCCCAGAGGUUGCUGGCGUGUCCAGGAGCUGCAAAAAAUGGACGACGAUCCCGAUCGGGAUGUGGCGACUCCGCCACAGUCGCCGACUCAAAGGAAGGGCAUCCAAAUCCAGAGCAAGCGUUAAGAAUCAAUGAGAUGGUUAGAAAAUGAGUACACGUAGUAUAUUAUAUAUAAGUAUUCCUACGUACUCUCUCAUGGAUGCUGUUGAUGGAUCAGGUGAUGUCUGUGUCCCUUCAUGAAAAUUUAGCUCUUUGUAACCUUUACCUUACCUAUUUUUCUGCGUAUCCACUACUAGUUGUAAGCUAAGAGAAACUUGUAGUUGCUGAUAUUAUUAUUAGUAAGGUCUGAAAGUGAAAGCCUGUUCUUCUUCUAAGGUGUGCAACUACCACCGAAGCAUGUGGUCAGCACAAACAACGACAUUCGAGCCCAGAUCUACCUCAUUUUCGAGGUCCCAGAAGCAGGUAUACACCUUCCACUUUUCCACAAGCUUGAAGUCCAACUUGCUUCCAUUCCAUUCUCAACGUCAUCAUCUUCAUCUUGGUGCUAUUGUAAAAGUAGCAAUGGUAGCGCGUUCUUGAAGAACGUUGCCUCCUCUACAAUCUCGUUUCAUCCCGUCCUGCUCUUCCUCCACAAUCAUCACAAUCAAAACCCACUUCUUAUUUCAGGUCGUUUCUCUCGUAUCCUCCAAGUGAUGAUCCUAGGAUGCAUCGCUGCGUCAGUGACGAUGUUUGUGUGGGAGUCCUUUCCAGCGGCUAAAUCUUUUGAAACUGAGUUCGGCAUCCUCGAAUGGGUCUUCACGGCAAUUUUCACUUUGGAGUAUUUCUAAUACCUCUUUACUAGUACACGACGUGGUUGCUAGGUUGGCUCAAAAACAAUACGGCUUCUAAGUACUUAGCUUCUCACUCAAAAUAGGACCUUGUCCUUCUCCUUGGCCACCUCGUCUUUAACAACCUAUUCUCUCUGUUAUUGAUACUGUUGAUGUUCAUGUUGGUUCUUGUUCACUUCAACCACAGUCACACAACAUCAGAUUUGCCCUUCGCUUUUGGGUAUGCAAUGUUUUCGGGACGCAGACGAGAAAGGAGUUCUUGCAAGACACGCUAAACAUCCUGGAUCUCUGUGCCAUCCUUCCUGCUUACCUCGAAGCAGCUUUCGCAUCUCUGAUCGAUGUAUCCGUCUUGCGUGUUUUCCGAGUCGUACGAUUAGUCCGACUCUUUCGACUGCUGAGGCUGGGAUCCUUUCGCGUUGGCGUUGCCUUGAUUCAUCUGACCAUUAGCAGAGCAGUGAUCACGCUUCUCGUGCUCUUCUUCAUUCUGUUAAGGCGCAUGGAUGCAGCUUGAAUGUUGAUCGUCUUGAUGAGAGGCACUUUCUUGCAAAAGUGCAUCUCAGAUGGAACCUUUAAGAAGAUAAAAUUCAUCAUUUCCGCGACAUCUCUAAUUCUGGGAAUCGUUGUGGUCUUUUUUGGUUCGCUGAUCUACUACGCGGAGAGGUAUUAUUGUCCUCAAGACCUCCUCACGAAUCCAGCGGAUUAUACUUAUGGGCGCUGGAGCAGCAAGACGGAGACCCAAGGAACUUUUCGAAGAAUUUCAAUUUGUUCCUCUACAACUAUCACGUCAACAUAGCUACAUCGACACACAACUUCUGGUGCUUCAUGUUGCAGCAGUGUCAUCCUCCUGCUCCUCCUCGCUCCUCCUCCUCUAACUCCCAGCCUACACGACAGAAUGUAAGACGAAAAUCCAAGGAUACACAAGUCGAGGAUCGCUAGAGCAUGCGGAUAAGCUUUGCUGCGAAGUUUUUAACGCUCAUGCCUCAGAUGUGGAUGAAAGGGCAUACGCCGCAAAAGGAUUUGAAUCGAUUAUACACAGGUAUUUAUAAUUACUCAUAAUAUUUACUAGUGGUGGUAUUGGCAAAGGAUUGUUGAUUGAAAUCUUCAUUUAUCAAUCUUCACAGGGAAUCGAGUCCGCAGCUUGGUCCGACGAGUUAUCUUACUAGUCAUACAUCAUUCUACUUAAUAAUCGUCUGUCGUGCCUUUAUUCUCGAUGGAUUUCUUGUUCCUCAAUUGAAAACUUCUCAGCUCUUGUUGUUCUAUCUGUCCUCUCCAGUCUCUGGUGGUCACUCGUGACGGUAUCGACAGUCGGAUACGGUGACUUCUUCCCACAAACGGAGUUGGGAAAGUAUAUUGGAAUUUAUGGCAAGUUCUUCAGGUCAACUGUUUCCAUCUCCAGUCACUGCUUCUUCUAAUCCCUGGCGGUAACAAUUUGCGGUAUUUUGAUUCUCUCUUUGCCAGUAGGAAUUGUAGGCUCCGAGUUCCACGAGGCGUACAACGAAUUGGAUAGGGACCCGCCAAACCUGAAAUACUGGGAGAAGACGUUUCAGUGGCUGAGGAACCGGAAAGACAAUCGGGAAUCCAUAAAAAAAGCACAAGCGGUUAAGGCUCGAGAAAUGCAGCCAUUUUUUUUGAUAUUUUUGAUGUGUUUUCGAGUCAGAUGUCCAUGUUGGACCACCACAACAACUCAUACUGCCAAUAAAGUGCAACUGCAAAAUCAACUCUAAACUAUCCAGAGACGGCAUAAUAAACAAGGAGGCAACCGCGAAUGUGUCUGCGUUCGGAGGGUAUCCUUCAGAAAGGAAUACCCGCGACGACUUAGCGAGUCUUCCCUACUACGACGACCAGCAUCCAGAGCGUGCGAAGUGCGCGGAUAGAGUCAUGUUAAGGCUCAUGAAAAGGCCGAUAAAGUCCUUUUCCAUCAUCAUCUUCAUCACGAUGACAUACUUCCUAGUUCCUAUUUAAAUGAGUAGAAAUGUAUUUUGCAUGACCACUUAGGAACAGCUGAGAGCUGAAAGCUUCUCAACCUCCUCAACAAGUUCGUUAAAUCAAUGCCUUACACUCUUUGGCUUUAAAGUUAUUUUGCUUGAUCUCUGCCUGUAGUGACAAUCAUGAUCAGACUCCACUUAGACUUACCAGCAUUGACCAGUUUACUUGCUGCUCUCCCUUCAUACCGGAAGAAAUUGAAGCUGCUGGUAUUCAAGAUGCUAGAGGACGAAGCCCAAGAUGACAUCAUAGACGACAGUAUCCGGAAGGGGAGGUAUCAGCUCCCAGGUCAAGAUCAACGUGUUAAACGCACCAUGUAUCAGCAUCGACAGGAAGCAGAGGAAGAUGCCAAAGAACUGCAAAAACGAUUGGAUGUUACGAAGACUGAAGAAGCAUAAGUCGAGGUCCACAGGAGGCAUUUAAGUACUUAAUUGACUUAUAGAGCGUAAUAGAACUUACUAGUACUAGAAGCCCUGCUACUCUUGUAAGUAGUAUGUCCUCUCUUGCUCUUCUCCCUUCCUUCAUCCUCAACGACGAAGAGAAGAUGUAUUCUGACCUUGUCAAUGGGAUAAUACCGAAGGAGCUGCUUUUUCCGAAAGUUAAGGCUACUUCUUCACUCUCCCAACAAGUGAAGGAACUAUGCUGAGUGGAGUCCCCUCCUUUGAUUUCUUGAAGGGGAACAACAACCUAAAAAGGGACGAGAUACAAGGCCAGGAACUCACUCAACGUCAAGCAGGAAUCAAAAACGUGACUCAACGUCAACCAGGGAUAGUGAACAACUACUAGCGCUAAGAAAGUAGGUUCCGCAAGUUCUGGCGACCGACAAAAGAUGAAGGAAGACGUCUUGUCCAACCUGAUGCAAAAAGCUGGCAUGGCUACGGGUUGUAGCUCCAUUAUCUAGUGAAAAGUGAGGUUUCCGCUUCGGCUUAAUAGUGAUAUUAGAGGUUUCCCUUUCCUGAGUAAAUGAAAAUUCGAGAUUUCAAGAUGAAUUCACGAUCAGGAGGACACCAGAAGGAAUUAAUAUAGGAAACUCACCUACUACAGUCACGACAGAUAAUGUUGAGAUACUACUUUUAAGAUUGGUAAGAAUGCGACGACGAUGGCGGUCAAAGGGAUGAACGCAAGGGUAGUGGCUAACGAAGCAAAAGAAUACGUAUGUCGCGUUUGUUGAAUAUACAACCUUCAUUAUUUAACUAGUCUAGUUAUUAGCUACUGCACGAGCAGGACCAGGAGCACGACCACGAAGGUGGUAAUUCAAGAACUACUAGUUGAGUAUCCUCGUGAUGUCUGGUCAGAGGCAAUUAACAAACUGAAAAUGAAAAUCUCAAUAAGUAGUUGUAUCUCAAUAAGUAGUCUCUGAGUAAAUGAAAAUUCGAGAUUUCAAGAUGAAUUCACGAUCAGGAGGUGCAAACUCCUUCCGGUUCUGCUCUUUCCCCACCAUCUAACCUCCCCCUUACGGGACUUCGAGGUUAUCGUGACCAAUAUCUGCAGUUGCUUGAGGUAUCAGUCCUUCUUGGACCAGCGAUUUGACGAAAUGACCAGAGACCACAAGCAGCUUGACCGACAGCUAAUAACCCUCUUUGGCGAGAUGUUGGGGGAACAAUGGUGACGACAUGGUUGUGGUGAGUCGUGGGGAGUCGACAGCCGCUGUCUACUAGGAGGUGAAUUUUUGUGCAAUUUAAUUAUUGAGAACGCUCUUUCCGUUUCCGAGAAAAAACUUCUUUUCCAUUCAACGCUAACCAACGCACACUUGCUUGACGAUAUUUCCAAUACGAGAAGAAGUUUUCAUCUUUCUUGUCCAACUAUAUGACCACUUUUAACUUUCACGGCUUUCGCAACUACGCAAAUAGGACUUUACAGGUCAGGGGCCACCACCUUGAUUCCGUUACAAAUUUUUGGAAUUUUUCGGACAUUCCCACAAAUAUUUGGCAGUCGAUCCCUGCACGACCAUUAGCAUGACGGCGACGACAGCUCAUGAUGGCAUACCUGUCUUAAAUUUUGAGGCAUGUGUAUCAUGUUUGUUUCAUUUUCUUAUCACAAAGAGGCUGCAUCGACGCAAACUUGCAA